AUGCUCUACAGGUGUCAGAGCUAUGAAAAGAAUGAACUGAUACGGGCUCUGAGUCACUUUUCAAGUGCUGCUAGAUCAACUACAACUUCUAAGCUCUGUAGACACUUCUCUUCAAGCCGGAAUCUCUUAAUACGGUCCGCUGCAGCACGGUCGUCAAGUGAUGUCUUAAGACAGGAUACCUUUUUCUCGAAUAUUUAUCUUAGUCAAGGCCAUAGUCGGAACUCGUCUUCAAAAUCUGCUUCAGUAUCUUCUAUUUUAUAUCCCAAAAGUGACUUGGAUCUAGGUUCUGUGCCCUCAUCUCCUGUCAAUACAUCUGAGUCUGACCCAUCAAAUGCGUCUUCCGGCAGGGCCAAGGCCACUGUCUACUCGUCGAGUACCAGAUCAGCAAUCUUCUCGCGGUCUGGUUCGGAUUCUAAUAAUAAGACCUCUGAUGAGUUACGAACUGCAUCAAAAGAAAACUCAACAGCGACUGAUACCAUUCCAAUAAUCCCUUUUGAAGUGCGACAGCUGGAUCACUCGUCGCCCCGAAGGUCGAAACCUGUCACAGAAAUUCCUUUUUAUGCCCCAUAUUUAGCAUUAACAAAGCCUCGAUUGAGUGCUUUAGUGGUUUUAUCUGCCAUGUCUUCUUAUGCAUUAACACCUUACGACGCUACUUUGUCGCAACUGCUGUUCCUGACUAUCGGUACUGCACUUUCUUCGGGUUCAGCAAAUGCCAUUAAUAUGGCUAGAGAAUAUGAGUAUGAUGCUCAAAUGACUAGAACUCGUACCAGACCGGUGGUCCGAGGACUUUUGAGUCCCGGACAAGCUUUUGGAUUUGCCGGCUUGUCUGGCACUCUAGGAGUAGCAUCUCUUUAUUUUGGAGUAAAUCCUACUGUAGCGGCCUUGGGUGCUGCUAAUAUUGUUCUUUAUGGCUGGACCUACACUUCAUUGAAACGAAAAUCUAUUAUUAAUACCUGGGUAGGCGCUGUUGUAGGAGCUAUUCCCCCCUUGAUGGGAUGGGCUGCUUCCAGUUCGUUGACUGAUCCUGGCGCUUGGGCUCUUGCUGGCUUAUUAUAUGCUUGGCAAUUCCCUCAUUUCAACUCGUUAAGUCAUAAUAUUAGAGAAGAAUACCGUCGUGCUGGCUAUGUCAUGGCCGCUUGGACAAAUCCCUCUCUAAAUGCACGAGUGGCUCUUAAAUACAGUGUGGCUAUGUUUCCCCUGUGUAUCGCUCUCAGUUAUUAUAAUGUGACUGAUUGGUUCUAUGCCAUUGAUAGUGGAAUUCUUAAUGGCUGGCUCACUUAUCUUGCAUUUAAAUUCUGGACCGAACAACGACACAUUGUAGGACCUGUUAUCGAAGCUGCUUCGUCGUCAUCUGCUGGUGGUAGCAGUUCAUAUGCUAGAAAACUUUUCUGGGGAAGUGUACUACAUCUCCCUGGUGUUCUCGUUCUUGCAAUGAUACAUAAAAAGGGCCAAUGGGAUUGGUUAUGGCCACAGGAGGAGGAAGAGGAAGAGGACAUCGAUGCUGAUGAAGAAUAG